CUCCCCCCGGACUCCGGCAGGUUCCGCCCGCAGUGAAGAUGGCUGCUCCCAGCAGGCGGGAGGCUCUGCGGCUGCUGUCUCAGCUCGGAGCCUUCAUUCUGACCCGGUUCGGGUUCUGGAACUGCUUCAGUAUGCUGAUGCUCUUCGCUGAGCGGGCUGACGUGAAGAGAAAGCCGGAUAUUCAGGUGCCAUACUUGUACGUUGACAUGGGAGCAGCGGUGCUGUGUGCCAGUUUUAUGUCGUUUGGAGUGAAGAGAAGGUGGUUCGCUCUGUUUUCAGCCAUCCAGCUGGCGUUCAGCACAUACCUGUCCUACGUUGGUGGACAAGUCCAUUAUGGGGACUGGUUAAAGGUCAGAAUGUACUCCAGGGCCAUGGCUGUCAUUGGAGGAUUUCUGGUGCUGGCCAGUGGGGCGGGGGAGGUGUACCGGCAGAAACCUCGCACUCGCUCUCUGCAGUCCACGGGACAGGUCUUCUUGGGAAUCUACUUAAUCUGUCUGGUGUACUCCCUCCAGCACAGCCAAGAGGACAGAUUGGCGUACCUGGACCACAUCCCUGGAGGAGAGGUCACCGUCCAGCUGCUGGUGGUGGUCUUUGGUGUGCUGGCUCUGUCCUACCUCUCCGGCUGCUACGUGCAGCUUUCCUCUCAGAUCCUCUCCGUCCUCCUGCCGCUGGUCAUCCUCUUUAUAGACGGAAACAUCGGGUACUGGCACCGCUCCCGCCGCGUGGAGUUCUGGAACCAGAUGAAACUGAUUGGGCACAACGUGGGCAUUUUCGGGGCGGUGCUUAUCUUAGCUACGGAUGGUUGAGGAGCCGAACAGAGGAGGCUUACUUUGUACAAACAGAUGGAUGAUGCUGAGCCCAAGGUUAAAGGAAUAGUUCAUUGAAAAAUCUGAAAUACAUGGUUUUCCCUAUUUCCCAAAUCUUGAUUAGACAGGUUUGAUGUCUAAAGUUUGUGUUUUAGUUUCACACAGUUUUUAGUAGUCUGUCUGUCUGUUCUAUUACUGUUGCGUCUUUAACACAAAACAGAAGCGACAGAUUUCAGGCACCAAUUUAACACUUCUUUAAUGCUCAUGAUUAAAGCAAAAAAAAGGUUUUUAGAGGUUGUCUAAGGUGCAGACAGGAGACUAAAUAGUGCCAUAAGGAUUUUUUUUUCUGGUGUCGGAUCUUAAAGAGCAAAGUGCAAGUUUGUGGUAGACCAAGGGUCCAGAAGACAAAACAGUGAAUAAAUAAGUUUGAUAGGGUCUGAGGUUUUAAACCAACACAUCUCAAAACACUUUUAUGUACUUUACUAGAAAAUUAGAAUCCAAUAAGCUAUACAAAAAUUGAUUCAGAAUGUUUUUUGUCAGGAGUGCAUUUUUACAUUAUUAAAAACUGAACAAUUCUCCCGUUUACGUGAUUUUAACAGCACAUUUGAAUAUGUGCAUCACAUUAAAUACUGUAACAACAUAAGGAUUUAAUGUUUCCUCUAAAUAAAAAAACAAAAAAUCAAAUUAUUGGAAUAUAUAAAGUUUUACAAAUCUCAGUUUAGGCCAUCUAAUCAUACUGCAUUUCUCAGGAGUGUUUCAGUACUAAGCGUUUUUUUGAGUAAGGGUGUUUUUUAAAACCACCCCUAUUUGGUCCAGUUAAAAACCACUCUGGUUCAUUUGCAUCAUUGAUGCUGUGUGUGUGGGCAGGUGUGAAACCCGUAAUUGCAAUGGGUAAUGACCAAACCACCUGUGGGAGAAGGUGGUCUAGUUCUGGUUCCAAACAAACUCCACUAUUAAAUAAACUCCUCAUGUUUGAGCUAAACUGCUGUACAGGUGCAGUUUAAUCUGAUUUAUUGCCCAGAUAAUUACAACAGCUAUUAACAAUCACUGUCUCUGCUGCUCCAUACUAAGCUGUUUUCCCACUGAGGUAAAGCAGCUUUAUACUGUUUACUUUCUUUCUCCCCAUUCUGACCAAUAAGGGACUCAUUAUAGAAUUAUAAACCUGCCUUAAGUCUUAAUACAGAGCAGCCAAUCAAAAUGCAGCUCAUUGUCAGUCUUAAAAAGACAGUAGCAGAAACAGUGUGUCCAUUUCUAGUGGAUAAAAACAGGUUGGAAAUUAGCCACGUAAAUAUAAUUGAUGUUUUGAUAUUUUAAGUGGAAUCUGUGUAAAUGAGAUGUUUCAAUGAACCAUUCCUUUAAGACAUGCAGGAAGUGCUGUCUGUAUCUCAGGGGUUGGCUCAGAAUGACCAUAGAAAUAAUACACCUUAAUGUCCACACACUGACAGGUACAGUAUUUAAUAGCCUAGAUAAUUAAGUUUAACCUCUCUCUCUCUUUUCUUUCCCAGUCGUCUUAUUUCAUCACUUUUUAUAAUAAAAUACGCAGCUAGAGAAUGGUUUCAAAGUCAGCAUCUACAUGACUUCAUAUAUGCUGUUUUUAUCAAAGUUAUUGUUUACAUUCUGUUAAAGCUUCUUUUUUAUUUAAAACAAAAGACAGUUUUACAAUGUCUUAAGAGUAGAUUACCAUGUUAAAGGUGAGUGAGGAGUUAAUGGCUGUUUGCUGUCUGAAUGCUGUAUAUUGAGGUAUAAAGGGAAUAAUGUGGUUGAGAAAAUGCUCUGUCACUCAUAGCACUACAAUCUUUUGCAUUCUUUAUUACUGGCAUCAGAUGUCAUUUUGUUGUCUAUUAAAUUGGUCUGUUUUUAUAUUUAA